AUGGGGGAGGAAGAAGCUCUACUCUACCUGACCCUGCUGCUGUGGUGUGGUGUGGAGUUCAGCAUCAGGGAGGAAGAAGCUCUACUCUACCUGACCCUGCUGGUGCAGGAGCGCAGGCUUCUGCAACACCUGCCAGAUGGGAGGAGACCUAGAGGAGACACCAUCAGUGACAAUGACAUCACUCACCAGGGCCACUAUGGUGAAGCAGAGACCAGAGAAAAUGAGGUUAUGGGUGCAGCGCAGAGGACUGAAGAUGCAGCCACAGCCUCCACCCAACAGACCUGCCAGCCUGACAUCCACACUGUGCUGAGAGAGAUGAGCGUUCUGAUAACGGAGCAGAGAGUGGAGCUCAGUCACACUAAGACACAAAUGGAGGCCAUGAAGAAGAAAGCAGAGACUAUGGAGACCAGACUGAGAACAAGCGAGAAGAAAGCAGAGACUAUGGAGACCAGACUCAGAGCCAGUGAGAAGAAAGCAGAGACUAUGGAGACCAGACUGAAAGCCAGUGAGAAGACAGUCGAGGAGCAGAGAGCUGUUAUUCAGGAGCUGAAGGAGAAGCAGGAGGAGCAGGCAGCAGCUGUGAGAGCCGUAGGAGGCAGUGUGAACAUCACGGGGAGUCAGGUGGAGGAGCUGAGGAGGGAGAGAGAGCAGAGGAGGGUGGCCUUCUCUGCCUCACUGCUGGCAUCUGGUGUUGGAAAUACAGGACCCUUUUCUGCUGCAACUACUCUGGUCUACAAGUAUGUCUUCACCAAUGUCGGAAAUGCCUACAAUCCAAACACAGGGAUCUUCAUAGCUCCAGUAAGAGGGGUCUACCACUUUGUUGUGUCUAUUUAUGGAGCUUCCCCAACAACAUCAGCACUCUCUCUACAUAAAAAUGGAGAGCAUGUUGUCAUUGCUAUGAGUCAACAAUCAAGUGGCAGUGUAGCAUCCUCUAAUGGAGCCUCUUUGCUGCUGGAGGUGGGAGAUGUGGUCUAUGUCAAGCUGUGGCCCAACUGUUGGGUGCGUGAUAGUUCUAACCGCCACACCACCUUCUCUGGCCACCUGCUCUUCCCAAUGUGA